UUUCAGUGUGAAUAAAGAGUUCCAAGCACAUUUUGAACAUUCUCCCAUUAUGAGAUAACAACACGGUUUUUUAUCAUAAUAAAAUUGUAUUAACAUUAAGUAUUUCAUCGAACAAUUAGGGAGAAUAUGGCUAAAGAUGAAGUGGAUGAUCUACUGCCUGACAAGGACGCAGCAAAGGGCUUUUACGCCAAAUACGAGCCCAAAGAAAUUCUCGGAAGGGGAAUUUCAUCGACUGUUAGGAGAUGCAUUGAGAAGGAGACUGGUAUUGAGUAUGCUGCUAAAAUAAUAGACAUAAGCAAUGAGCCACACGAUGGGGCUGAAGGUCACACGAUGAAAGAUGCUACUAUGCAAGAGGUGCAUAUACUAAGACGAGUUGCUGGUCAUCCCUACAUAAUUGAGCUGCACGAUGUCUUCGAAUCGAACACUUUUAUAUUCCUGAUAUUCGAGCUGUGCAAAAAUGGUGAGCUCUUUGAUUACUUGACGUCCGUGGUUACGUUGUCUGAGAAGAAGACGAGGUACAUCAUGAGACAAGUUUUCGAGGGGGUUCUACAUAUCCAUAGCCAGGGGAUUGUUCAUCGGGAUCUCAAGCCUGAGAAUAUCCUGCUUGAUGACAAUUUAAACGUGAAGAUCACGGAUUUUGGGUUCGCUAGGAUGCUCAAGCCAGGGGAUAAAUUAUUUGAUUUAUGUGGCACUCCUGGCUACCUAGCCCCAGAAGUCCUAAAAUGCAACAUGUUCGAAAAUGCAGAAGGCUAUGGAUACGAAGUAGACAUCUGGGCCUGUGGUGUAAUAAUGUUCACACUGUUAGUCGGAUGCCCACCGUUCUGGCAUCGCAAACAGAUGGUAAUGUUGAGGAAUAUUAUGGAGGGAAAAUACUCGUUCACGUCACCUGAGUGGACUGACAUAACUGAUGCUCCCAAGGAUUUAAUUAGGAAAUUACUCGUUGUUGAGCCGCUGAAAAGGGCUUCAAUAAAAGAGGCCUUAGAUCAUCCAUUCUUCCAUACAGUGCUGUGGGAUCAAGAUAUAGCACCACUCAAGCGUUCACUGUCCUCUAAUUCGCGACGCCUAAGUAGGAUUUCCCAAUUAGCUUUGGAAUUGAAAGCAAAAUCCUUCAACGCGAGAAAGAAAUUCCAGCUGGCAAUUCUCACAGUGCGCGCUGUGAUACGCAUCAAGAGAUUGCACACGACGCCUGAGCCAUUGUCCACGCUGGUGGCACGUGAGGAUCCUUACAGAAUCAAAGUUCUGCGAAAGGUGAUCGAUGGCUGUGCUUUUCGGGUCUACGGUCACUGGGUGAAGAAAGGAGAGGGACAGAAUCGUGCAGCCCUCUUCGAAAACACCCCCAAAACAGAAUUGAAACAUCUCUACGUGACAAAUUUAAGUAGAUAGCCAAAUUCUCUAGAUGAUUAAUCGUUCUAGGCAAUUAAUUUCCUCCAAAUGUGUAAUUAAACCCCGUUACACAUUGAGAUGGUAUUUUUGGAGAAAUUUUUAGGCAUAAUUUAGACAUAUUUUCGAAAUCUGUUAAUAUAAAUUGAUUAUGUUCUCUAGUAAUUGAUAAGUGAUACGCAGUUGAGAGUGAUAACAGUUGAGAGAAUUGUGUUCUGUACAGAUUGUUGAUACAUUUCUACGAUUAAUAGUUGAAGAAAUUAAUGAAAGGCAUGAUUGAGAUGUUCUGAGUGAAUUAAGCGAUAGUAUUAAUUAUUUGAAGUGCUCUUGGUACUAAAAACAACAAUUUGUUCCUAAGAGUGCAUUAAUUUAUUAUAACCCCAUUCAUUAGUGCAAAUCUCCUUAUUCUAGUCAAAUUGAAAAUUUUUUCUUCUCUUUGUGCAGUGACUCGUGUGUUUAUGAUAAUUUUCUGAAUACUGGAUCAAGCAGAAUAAAUAAAAUUCAUUAGUUUGAUUAA